GUGCUGAUUGGAUCUUUAAAGACAAGCUACUACAAACUUUUUUUUUUUUUUUUUUUUUUUUUUUUUUAAUAUUUGCCUUCUGUGUUCAAGAAGCAGUCACCCUCAGAUCUGUUUCAAAGAAGACACACGUUUACCUGCUGGCUCAUCAUCUCUGUAAAAUCCAUAUUAUACAACAAAUUUAUUUUCCUUGUUUUUUUUUUUCAAAUCAAAGAUUGGAGGAAAGGAAGAAAAAUUAAAGGGACUUCUGGAUUUUUAUUUUUUAUUUUUUUUAUUAUUUUUUUUUUUUCACAUAAACUUUUCCUGGAGAUGGGGUGUAUUGGAUUUGUCCUGCUCCUGUGUGAACUGUCAUGUGUUAUGGCAACUUACCCAAUCUGGUGGUCGUUAGCAAUUGGUCAGCAGUACUCUUCUUUGGGGACCCAGCCAAUACCGUGUGGGACUAUCCCAGGCCUAGUGGCCAAGCAGAUGCGAUUCUGCCGGAAUUAUAUGGAAAUCAUGCCCAGCGUAGCAGAAGGUGUCAAAAUCGGAAUUCAAGAAUGUCAGCACCAAUUCCGAGGGAGACGGUGGAACUGCACGACGGUCAACGACAACCUGGCCAUCUUUGGACCUGUGUUAGAUAAAGCGACAAGAGAGUCGGCCUUCGUCCACGCGAUAGCCUCAGCCGGAGUAGCCUUCGCCGUAACAAGAUCAUGCGCCGAGGGAUCUGCCACCAUCUGCGGUUGUGACAACCAUCACAAAGGACCCCCAGGGGAAGGCUGGAAGUGGGGGGGCUGCAGCGAAGAUAUGGAUUUUGGAAGUAUGGUGUCCCGGGAGUUUGCGGACGCUCGUGAAAACAGACCAGAUGCGCGAUCUGCGAUGAACAGACACAACAAUGAAGCUGGAAGAACAUCCAUCACGGAUCAUAGACACCUAAAGUGCAAAUGCCACGGACUUUCUGGAAGCUGCGAAGUGAAAACCUGCUGGUGGUCUCAGCCCGACUUCAGGAUGGUCGGAGAUUACCUGAAGGAUAAAUACGACAGCGCUUCGGAGAUGGUGGUGGAGAAGCACAGAGAAUCGCGUGGUUGGGUCGAGACCCUGAGACCCAAGUACACUUUCUUUAAGCCGCCGACAGAAAGAGAUCUAAUUUACUACGAGAGUUCGCCCAACUUUUGUGAACCCAAUCCGGAGACUGGAUCCUUUGGAACCAGAGAUAGGAUAUGCAACGUGUCCUCCCACGGUAUCGACGGAUGUGACCUUCUGUGCUGUGGACGAGGUCACAACACGAGGACUGAGAAGAGAAAGGAGAAGUGUCACUGCAUCUUCCAUUGGUGCUGUUAUGUCAGCUGCCAGGAAUGCGUAAGGGUGUACGACGUCCAUACGUGCAAAUAGCGCGUCUUUUCACGCCCCUCGGACUUUCUUAUCCAAGACACGGAUCUCCAGACGGAGCUCAGUGAGCCUCGGUGGUGGUGCGAAGACGUGACUUUUUGAAUAGUGUAGGUCUAACGAAUUUCUUGUACGCACCUGGAGAGUAACCCUAGUAUAUCUACUGAAAGCCUGGCUAUUUAUCGGAACAAAGUGGAUUAUUGGAUACCUAAGGUUCAAUGUUUACCUUCACACCACUUUCUGGCAAUAAUUUGUAAGCGAAGAUAUACAUUUUUCAAAGUAUCGAAAAAAUACUACUGAACGUUGGACUCCCGUCUCAUUGUAAGGGGGACUACAGAGCAUGGUGUAAACCAUUACGUGUGGACUAUAUACAUUUCCAAAUUUCCCAGUUGGAUGCUUCGUGUAUUAAUGAACUGUAAGGGGAAAUAUAAAUUCUCUUAUUGGAUAAAACCAGACGAUGACCUCACAUAUUGAAGAAUUUAAACAAUGCAGCAGAAUUGUCAACCUUUUUGCCAAAACCUAACCAGUUUGCCCUAGUUCGCAAUACACCGAUAAUAUGCGUUUCUACAC